AUGACGAAGAAGAAACCGUCGUUAGAAGAUCUACAGGAAGAGGCUAUUGAGUCCAUACCGUAUUUAGGAAGUGACGAGAAGGCAUCUACUCAAAGAUAUGCUCAGCAAUUGCCAAGGGAAAAAGAUGAAGAAACUGUAGAAAAUCAUCCCAAUGUGAAACCAUGGGUUCAUUUCGUAGCAGGUGGUAUCGGUGGUAUGGCUGGUGCAGUCGUCACUUGUCCAUUCGAUUUAGUUAAGACAAGACUUCAAAGUGACAUUUAUCAAUCAAUUUAUAAAUCUAAAGUUAAAUCUGCUACGACGAUGACAUCAAAUUCUAAGAUACUGAACUCAAUUAUUCAAGGUGGGACUCAUUUCAAAGAAACUUUUGGUAUUCUGGGAAAUGUUUAUAAACGUGAAGGGUUUCGAAGUUUGUUCAAAGGUCUGGGACCAAAUCUGGUUGGUGUUAUCCCAGCAAGAAGUAUUAAUUUCUUCACGUAUGGGACUACGAAAGAAAUAUAUUCAAAGGCAUUUAAUAAUGGUCAGGAGGCGCCUUUUAUACAUCUUAUGGCGGCAGCAACCGCUGGCUGGGCCACGUCCACUGCAACUAACCCGAUAUGGUUAAUUAAAACAAGAGUUCAAUUAGAUAAAGCUGGAACCACUAAGAAAUACAAAAAUUCUUGGGAUUGUCUGAAAAGUGUCGUUAGAACCGAAGGUAUUUAUGGCCUAUAUAAAGGGUUGAGUGCAUCAUAUUUAGGUUCUGUCGAAGGUAUUUUACAAUGGUUACUAUAUGAACAAAUGAAACACGUAAUCAAGAGGCGUUCCAUGAGGAAGUUCGGUCAUGAGGGAAAUAAGACUACUGCGGAUAAAAUCAAAGAAUGGUGUCAGAGAUCCGGUAGUGCGGGUUUAGCAAAAUUCGUUGCAAGUAUAGUCACUUAUCCUCACGAAGUUGUAAGAACAAGACUGAGGCAAAUGCCCAAGGAGAAUGGGAAAUUGAAAUAUACAGGUUUGCUUCAAAGUUUCCAGGUUAUUAUGAAAGAAGAAGGUUUGGCAUCAAUGUAUAGCGGUCUAACGCCACAUUUAAUGAGAACAGUGCCAAAUAGUAUAAUCAUGUUUGGAACUUGGGAACUAAUGAUAAGACUUCUCUCAUAA